AUGACAUUUAAACAGUUGAUACAAGAAAUUGGCUUUGAAAACGUGCUACCAGAAAAGUUGUUGCCCAGUCUUUUACAAAUCAAGCCCAAUGAAGUAGAUCAAGGUAUUGCUUUGGUGUUGGCGGAAAUUCUAAUACCUGGAUCACAAGGAUUUGAAUAUAAAGUAACACCAUUGAGCUUACCCGAAUCAAAUGCCAAGGGGGCUCAAUUACAGGCUUGCUUUCGUGCAAUUGAACAACUGGAAAGUUUAAGCAUCAAUUGGUAUGAAGUUUUCAACUACUUGCAACAAUACUUAUUUGAAUCAAGUCAGAGAAACGUUGUACCUUCAGCAGCUAGUGUGUCGCAAUUCCUAUCUUCAUUGGAUUUCAAACCGGAUCCAAUUGAUAUUUUUCUCAAUUAUGAAUGGUGGUUUGGCAAGACAUUGUUGUAUAUCUUGCAAACUUGUGAUGCAUCUCAAGGUGGAUACGAUAUUGCAUUGUCGAAAAACUUACUGUUGUGUUUUGAAGAGGACCGUGCAACUCUUGGUCAACCACAAUUAGGAGGAAGAAAUAUUUUAAAAUUUAUCAAUGUUGGUAAAUUGGAGUUGCAGGUUAUAACUAAAGUACAAGCGCAACAAGUGCAGCAAAACUUGAGCGAACAGGAUCGCACAUUGAACUCAUACUUGAGUCAAGUUUUCGAGCAUGAUUAUAGAGUGUUUCCCGAGUAUGUUUUGACUGCGGCGUUAUCAGUUAUAGAAAAGACGCCAUUCAUUAACGAUUUAAUUGAUACUUUGUUUUACUUGUUGAUGGAUAGCGACUCGCUUGCAUUGCCCAAAGUAGUACAUACAUUGCACGAAUUGGGACUCGUUGUUGGUAAGGUGAUGGACUACUACAAGAGCAGAAACACAUUCUCUGCAGCUGAAAAAGUAGUCGCAAUGAGUUUAAAGUUGAAUAUGUUGGAUCAAGUUUUACAGCAAUUGUGGAGUAAUGAUGCCAAAUUGGCAGUCAAGCUACUCAUUGAAUCAUCAUUUUUCAAUUAUGACUAUAAAAAGGAGUUGGAGGCGAAAUUAAAUGAUCCGCAAUUAAAGAGUAUUAUCUAUCUGUCCUUGUUGGAUGUGGUGACUGAAAGAGUCAGAGGAGAUUAUGAAACUGUGCAACAACAUCAACAACAGCAACAACAGCAACAACAGGGCCAAUUGCCAAUACAAACACAGGCACCACCUGUGCCUAUGUUGAAACUUAGGACCAGUUAUUACCUACUUGAAAAAUUAAAGAGUAGCAAUGGGUUAGUUGAUUUAGAAAAAUUAAAGAAUCUUCAAAUUCUAUUGUUGACAACUUAUCCAAGAUUGAUUAAUUUUGGUAAUGGCCACGACGAUGCCAUACUUGCAAAUGAAGCCAAAUCAAGCUUUUUCCCCAUUGAUGUUGAAUUGGAAAUGAAGGAUUACUACUCCAAAAUGUAUAGUAAAGCCCUUGAUAUAGCUGAGAUUGUCAGUAUUUUGAUCAAGAUGAAAUCAAGUGAUGAUCCCCACCAACAGGAUGUAUUUGCAUGCAUGAUCCAUUCCUUGUUGGAUGAGUACAAGUUUUUUGGUGAGUAUCCAUUACCAGCAUUGGCUUCAACUUCAUUAUUAUUUGGUGCUUUGUUGGAAAAUGACUUGAUUCAUGGUACAACUUUGACAGUGGCUCUCAACUUUAUUUGGGAAUCAUGCAAUCAACCACCUGAUUCGAAACUGUUCAAGUUUGCUGUUCAAUCAUUGUACAAUUUCAAGUCGAAAUUGCACGAGUAUCCAAUUUACUGUAAACAUUUAUUGGAAUGCCACUCGUUAUCGACUCAUGCUAAAAUGUACAAUAUUGUCAAAGAUGCCGCCAAUGGUAUUCCUUGCAUCGCUGGUGGCUCCAGGAGUGGAACUACACCAAGUAGCUCGACGCCCGACGUGGGACCCAAAUACCAAUCAAUCAACUAUGUUGAACAAACUGUUGGAUCCGUUCAACAAGAGGACCCACCAAAGGAAACCAAAGAAAAAUUGCUGUUUUCGGUAAAUAAUAUGACUUCUGAGGAUUUGCGUGUUGGUGCGAUUCGAGAAUUAUUAAAGGAGGAGUAUUUUGCUUGGUUUGCCAAUUAUUUGGUUGUUGAUCGGGCCAAGGAAGAAUUGAAUAAUCAUGCGUUGUAUUAUGGGUUGGUUAAGGAAUUGAACAAUGUCAUUUUCAUGGAAUAUAUCAUGAACGUGACCAUGAAGGAGGUUUAUCAUUUGAUUAUUUCAAAAGACCGCAUUAAACUCAAGACUCUUGGUGCUUGGUUGGGAAGAAUCACUUUGGCUGAAGAUAAACCAUUGAGGAGAGAUUUGAUUGCAAUCAAAUUUUUGCUCGUUGAGGCGUAUGAUUUUGAAUCAUUAAAUUUGAUAUUGCCUUUUGUUUGUAAAAUCUUGAGUCAAAUAGAAAACUCCAAAGUGUUUAAACCUCCAAACCCAUGGGUGUUGGGUAUUUUCCAAGUAUUGUCGGAAUUGUAUCAAUUUGCUGAUUUAGUUUUGCAACUUAAAUUUGAAGUGGAAGUUUUGUUGAAGUUGUUUGAUAUGAAGAUUGAAGAUAUUGAGCCUAGUCAAUUGAUCAGAAAACAUGACAAAGAUCCAAGUCGGUUAGCUGCCUUGUUUGGUCUCUUGCCUCAAGUUGGUGAGAAUCUUGCUUCUGAAAUGGCUCGUAUGAAUUUGGAACAAUCAACAACGAUGCCUGGUUUCAACAAUGUAGCACAAUCAUCAUUUGAUAAACCAUUCCAGCAAUUGCAAGCUCCAGGGCAGCCAAUGGUACCCCAGCAACAACAACAACAACAACAACAACUUGGCUCGAUGCAACCUUAUGCACAACAAACUCAGCCAGGGCAAGUGGAUUCCGGAAUGGAUACCAGUUUCAGCGCUCUUGUGGGGAACACUAUCUUUACUCAACAUGCCAAUUUGAGAAGAGCACUUCAAGCAUCACUUUCGAGAGCCGUUCGUGAAUGUGCUGAGCCGAUCUUGACUAGAGUCUCCGAAGCUGUAUUGGUGACAACUGAGUUCUUGAUCAAAAAGGACUUCGCUACUGAGACCGAUAUCGGCAAAAUUAGAAGGUCGUAUCAUAGAAUGGCUCAGCAAUUGUCGCAUAGUAUGGUGUUGUGCUCUGGUAAAAAAAUGCUUGCUGAUACCAUUGAGGCGACAAUGUUGCAUUUCUUGGGAAACAAUCUUAGUGAUAUUCCAAUCAUGGAGUUAACCAGUGCCGUUCAAUCAAAUGUUGGACUUUGCGUUGAUAUUGUUGACAAAAUUGCAGCCACUAAUGUUAUUGACUUGAUUGAUGAAAGGAUGAAACCAUAUCUUUUAAAACGUGAACGUCAUGGCAAUGACGAAAUGUUUGUGGAAGAAGGUACUCCCGAAUAUUCAUUAAGAUUACCUGAGCCAUUAGGAUUGAAUCCAAGGGGAUUGAGUGCUCAGCAGUUGCAUAUUUAUGAACAUUUUGGUGAAUUGAAAAGUGAGCUGCUUGAUGGGCUUCGUGCUGCUGGAAUCACUGCCACUGGUGCGCCAGCCGUACUUGCUCAUCCACAACCACAACCACAACCACAACAGCAACAACUACCAACACAAGUUCAAGCACAACCACCACCACAACUUGGUCAAGAUUUUAUCGUGCAGCAACAAGCAACGCUCGUUCAGGAAGACGUUAUACCUUUGGAGCAAUUGUUUUCGGCAAUUACUCAAUAUUGUGAAAAAGCGGUACAAUUGGUGUCUGAAGUAUCGGAAAACAAGUUGUCAGACUUGCCUCCAAAUCAUCCUAUUAUGGCAACUUUGACUCAGACAUUGGCAAUCGCUCAAAGCAAUGCGUUAAAGUAUCCCGAUUUGUUAUUAAGGGCUGCCCAAUAUGCAGUCAAUUGUUUGUUUACGCAAGUGCAUACCAAUCCGAUGAGUAAUGAAAUUUAUGUUGUUAUUCUUGACAAGUUGUGUGAGUUUUCUCCAUCAACGGCUAAAGACGUCAUUUGGUGGUUGGUGAAUUCAUCUGAUCAACGUAAAUUCAAUAUGCCAGUGAUUUUAUCAUUGUUGAAGGUGCAAUUGAUUCAACCUAUAAAGUUUGACGAGUCGAUUAGUAAAUUGAUUAAAGGGUCGCAUAAUCCGGCAAUUGUUAAAUUUGGUGCUAGUUUGUUAUUAAAUGUAUUUACUGCUGAAGAAGCUGUACGUCCAAUUGCGUUGAGGUCUGAAUUUGCUAAAACUUUGGAUGCAUUGUACGAGUAUAAGAAGUUGACUUUAACUAGUGAAGAAGAUAAACAAGCUCAAGCUGAAGUUGACAAGUUGUUUGAGCAGUUAAACACAUCUAAGCCAGCAACUUCUGAAUUGUAUACACAAUUGGGUUAUGUCUUCACUGAAUGGGUGAGAUUAUUGACUCAUGGUGAUCAAGAUUCUAGAGCUGCACAAGGACAGUUUGUGGCUGGGUUGGUUGAUCUGGGUAUUUUGAACGAUGCUGAUUACUUUAAGACUUUUUGGAAAGCAGGUAUUGAUAUAUCAACGCUUGUAUUCACUACUGAGCAAGAGCUUAGAAGCAGGACUCAACAUGAAGCGUACUUGUCAAUUGAUUGUUUGGCGAUUUUGGUAGUGAGGGUCGUUUUGAGUAUCGAGGAUGAACAGCAAGCCAUUCAUUAUUUGAAAAAGACUAUUGCUGUGAUUAUGUUGAAUUUGGUUACUGAUCAUGAAAAUAAAUCAGCUUGGAAUGAUCGUCCAUAUUUCAGAUUUUUUUCAUCUUUAUUAUCCACUUGGAGUGAUGCAUCCGUAUUGGAUCAAAACGCAACCAAGAAACUUGAUGCUGAUUUUUACACAUUUAUAGGUGAUGUUUUCAACUCAUUGCAACCUAUUGUGUUCCCCGGUUUCACAUUUAGUUGGAUUGCAUUAAUCAGUCAUCGUAUGUUUUUGCCACAAAUUCUUGAGUUGCCUGAUCGAGCUGGAUAUGGCAUCGGUGUGAAAUUGUUGACUUCAUUGUUAAAAUUUCAACAAACUUAUCAAAAUAAGGAUAGCAAUCAAGAUGUGUUGAGUGUUGUAUUUAAGGGAAUCAACCGAAUUUUUGUUGGAUUGAUUCAUGAUUAUCCCGAGUUUUUAGUUGAAUGUCAUUACCAGUUGGUUACUGCUAUCCCCAGAGGAUAUAUUCAGUUGAAGAACAUUGUGUUGUCAGCAACACCAAAGGAUAUCACUGUGCCAGAUCCAUUCACUCAAGGAUUGAAAGUUGAACGUUUACCAGAAAUCAAUGAUGCUCCAGUAGUGUACUACAAACCAAUUGAAGAUUUAGUAAAAGUUGGGUUAAAGAAACCAGUGGAGAAUUUUUUGCGUAUUCCAGCACCAGGGUUAAUGAGAACAAUUUAUAAUGGACUUAAAUUGAAUCAAUCAAAGACGACUGAUGAGUUUGGGUACGCAGAAACCAUCACAUUCAAUGCCAAGCUAAUCAAUGCAUUGGUUUUACAUAUUGGAAUGAAUGCCGUUGCCGAAAGAAGUCCAACCAAUCGUGGAUUUAAUACCAAGACUUCACAAGUUGCUUUACUUGUCGAUUUAAUGAAUUAUGGUUCCAAUGAGUUCAAGUAUAUCAUGUUGAAUGCUAUUGCUAAUCAAUUGAGGUACCCCAAUAGCCACACUCAUUGGUUUAUUGGAAUCAUUUUGCAUUUUUUCAGUUCAAAUUCAAUUUGGAAUUCAUCAACCAGUACUAAAUUGGCAGUACAAGAAAUUAUAACGAGGGUGUUAUUGGAAAGAAGAAUUGUGAACAAGCCACAUCCAUGGGGGUUGACUAUAUUGUUUACUGAGUUGGUCAAGAAUGAGAGCUACGGGUUAUUUGAGUUGCCAUUUGUCAAAAACUCGAUUGAAGAGGUGAAGAAUAUAUUUGACACCUUGUCUACCAAUGUCAAGGGAUAG